CUUUAUUUGUUUUUAUUUGUUACGGUUAGUUUACGAUUUGUUUACGGAUUAAUUACGGAUUAUUACGAGUGCUUACGUGUUGUUUACGACUUCAUUCGGGUAUAGUGUACGUUACUAUGGCUUUACGGAUUGCUACGGGUUAUUACGAGCACUUUACGUGUAGUUACCAGUACUUUACGAAUAGAUACGUAUACUUUACGUAUUCUUACGAACUGUAUACGAUUUGGCGAAAGGUGUUAAAGCUUCGUGUACUUCGUUUACAGUUGUUAUUUUUUGGUUAAAAAUCUUAGGACUAUCUCGUUACUAUUCGUAUUGAACUACGAGCAACUAAUACGUUAGUUGCUCGUAGUUAACCGUGACAACUCGUAACAAAUCGUGGAUUUUUGCCGUAAAUACAUCGUAAUGACUCGUAAUAAUCCGUAAUAACCUGUAAAUAGCUAGUAAUAACUCGUAACAACUCUCGAAUCGAUCGUAAAAGUGGCCAAAUCGUAAGGAUCCGUGAAAGAUCCGUGUAUUUGUGCGAUCCGUAAGGACUCCGUCUAUGUGAAGGGGGUAUUAGCAGAGAAACGGCGGGCUAUUUUAGGGGCGUGGUCUUAUGAAGAAAGUUAGCUCAACGUCAUCGACAUGAUGCGUGCGGAUGCGUUCUGAAGAUGCAAAAAGCUGUUAGAAGCCAUACCUGAGCUGCAAUGACCUACAAAAGUAUGUAUGCCAUCCGUGUAACUGUACAUAUAUCAGCAUCUUCCCCGGUGAACACUAACCAUUUCAAUACCUACCCUCUCUGAGACAUCAAUGUUCUCCAAUUCUGUUGAGUUAAAGUUUCUCUCUCCAGUUGGAAGAAUGGAUAUCUGCAAACGAAUAAAUACUGCUCGUCGUACAAUCUCCCCCGCCCUAACGCCGUCCCUCAUUCCCAAGUUUUACAUCCCGCGAAAGUGCAAUCCCAUUUCAACAGAGAAGAAGAGCAGUGGGGUAUCCAGUUCAUCCAGGAAGGUGAAAACGAACCAUUCAUUCUCAAGCUUGUCUGUUUCAAUUAUUAGCCCACUGACCUCAGCUACAGCGGCAAUAAAUAGAAUUUGGAGAACACCUAAAAUGUCGGUAGAUAUAGACAGACUGAACGCGAUCAACAAGCUACAUAUGCUGUGUGUUAGACAGUUCUUUGAGGCGAGUACUCGAGAUUUAGGCGAAAUCGAACUCGCGCUCCAAUACGAUAGACGACGUCGACGACUACGCGUUCGUGUUCUUCAAGCAAACGGCGUCGGGCUAAGGAGCGCGUCGAGGAAAAUCAACACCCAUGUUCGACUUUGCCUCAUGCCCGAAAAACAGAAUCCUCAACAGACAAGGCUUGUCAUAGGCACAUGCGACCCGACGUACAACGAAGAUUUUUUCUUCAACGUGCCUCCGUGUGAGCUUAUUUCAAGUGGCCUCAAGGUUCGAGUCUUCCAGAGCUCAGGGCUUUUAUUAAAUAAGUGGCCUGCCUCUUGUGUCGGCGAGGUAUUGUUGAACUUGGAACAGCUGAAAGACAACUCAAAAGAGAUCUUCAUUCGAGAGGAUCUGAAGCCCAAAGCAGCUAAGGAGGAUACGGGUAUACUGAACGUCUCUAUCUGUUAUCGCUCGAGGAUUCGGAAGCUGUGUAUCACGGUCAUUCGGGCCCAGAAUCUCUCCAAAACAGGCUUCUGCAAAACGUCACCUGAUUGUCGAAUCAAAGUUGCAGUCACCCAAGUAAAGGACAACGCCCUCAGCACGGUCGUCAAGCGAACCCGUGUUCGACGACAUACCCGUCAACCCGUCUUCAAGGAAUCGAUGUCGUUCGAGAUCAACGACCUCAACAAUCUUCGUGACGGAAUGACGGUGGUGUGCUCGCUGUCGGGCAAGAGCCUUACCGGUAAACCUCAGACACUCGGACAGGUGCGAUUCGGGCUAGGUGCCUCGAGAGAAACGGAGAAACUGCAAUGGGCGAACGUGCUUCGAAAUCCAGGACUUUCUAUCACCCAAUGGCACACUCUUUAGAAGAAUGACAGUCAUACUUUGUGGACAACGGGAGUAGUAAUGAUGGCUUCAAUCAACGAACUUUUCCGAAGCCGAUGACAUUCAAAAUGAAUUAUUCUUCGCAUCGAAGAACAUUCUGCAUGAAAGUGGCGAAUAUCAGGAGUAUGUCAAAUUGUCCAUAGUGGUUCCAAACAUCGGGUGCCUGUUUCUAUUUUCCAGCAGACUGGGCAAGAUACUAUUGGACCUGUGUUCUGGCUGAUCCACGCCUACAAUUCCUUGAUCUAUGCAUCCGAACAUUUUCUCUCUGGAAAAGAAAUUUGUCAAACAGAAACGUUUAUCUUUGUCUUGCCUUUAAAUUGUAACCAAUAUUUCACUCAACAUUUGAGUGAAUCAUAACAUACUGUGUAUGUAUGCAUAUUAAAUCGAUUUGAAAGAUUUCAAACUUAA